AUGAUGUAUGAUGAAGAUGAUGAUUACGAAGGCAAGUUAAUCCACCAGGCAGCCUUAUUUUGCAAUGUGGAAUUAUUAAAAGAUUUGUUAUCCGGUGAUGAAAUUAACAAAAUUAAUGCACAAGACAAAUGGGGACGAACACCGCUGCACACAGCAUGUGCAGCUGCGAUCAAUUUUGAUUCAUCUUCAGAUUCUUCACUUGAAUUUAUUAUGACAUUGAUUGAUCAUGGAUGUGGUGUCAAUAUUCAAGCAAACGAACAUUAUAAUUUUCGCAUUUUAAUUAUCAUGGACUUGUACGGUUAUAUUGUUUUAUUCAUUUUACCACAAUUAACAAUUGAAGAAUAUGUUAUUGGUUGUUAUUUUACUAAUUGGGCACAACAUCGACAACAAAAUGCACAGUUUUUACCAAGACAUAUUGAUUCAAAACUAUGUACACAUUUAUAUUUUGCAUUUGCCGAUAUUGAUAUAAAACUUAAAACACCAACAACAUUUGAAAAAAAUGAUAUUCUUCCACCACAAUCAUUUCCUCCAUCACGUUCUCCUCAACAAUCCAUUGAUAAUCAAAUGAAAUUAAUGACAAAUAAUGGAGAUUUAACAACAGUAGCACUUUCACAUCAACAACAAAAAAUUGGUUUAUAUGAACAAGUAAAUCGAUUAAAACAUGAUAAUCCACAAAUGAAAACACUUUUAUCAUUGGGUGGUGCAUCAGUAAAUGGAACAAAAUUUCGAUUAAUGUUAGGUGACAAAAUAAAUCGAAAAGAUUUUAUUCGAAAUACUGUUAAAUAUUUAAGAAAACAUAAAUUUGAUGGUCUCGAUUUAGAUUGGGAAUUUCCUGAAAAUGAAAAUGAUAAAAAAAUAUUUUCAGAAUUAGUUCAAGAUUAUCGUCGUGAAUUUCAAAAUGAAGCUUUUGUUACUAAUCGUGCACGUUUAUUAUUGACUGCUGCUGUACAAGCAUAUAAACCGAAAAUUGAAGCUGGUUAUAAUGUAGCAUUAAUUGGACAAUAUUUAGAUCUAAUUAAUUUGAUGGCAUACGAUUAUCACGGUUCAUGGGAUAUUCAUACUGGUCAUAAUAGUCCUUUAUUUUCUCGUAAAGAACAACGAAAUAAUGAAUUAUUAUUAAAUCAAAAAGCAUCUAUUGACACAUGGUUAGAUUAUGGUGUACCUAGUAAUAAACUUGUAUUAGGUAUGCCAAUGUAUGGUCGAACAUUUCGUUUAAAAAAUAAGAAAAAUACAAAGAUUAAUUCAGCAGUUAAAGGUGCGGGUAAAAAAGGAAAAUAUACGUUAAGUGAUGGAUUUUUAGCAUAUUAUGAAAUAUGUGAUUUAAUUAUAAAUCAAAAAUGGAAAAAUGAAUGGGAUAGUGAACAAGAAAUACCAUAUGCAUAUAAAGAUGAUCAAUGGGUUGGCUAUGAUAAUAUUGAAAGUAUAAAGAAAAAAUCUCAAUAUGUAGCUGAAAGAAAUUUGGCAGGUGCAAUGGUUUGGUCUUUAGAUCUUGAUGAUUUUACAGGAGAAUUUUGUAAAGCGGGAAAAUAUCCACUAUUAACAACAAUAAAAAAGACGUUAAAUGCGUUACAACCACCAACUACACCCAUUCGUAUACAAAAGACAACAACUGAAACAUCGAUUGCUACAUCAUUAGUUUUAUCGUCAACAUUAUGUUGUCAAAAUAUCACUCCAUUGCAUAUUGUGUGCGAAAGUGGAAAUGAAAAAAUUGUCGCUUUGUUGUUGUUUCAUAAAGCCGAAAUUGAUUUUCCUGAUAUUAAUGGAAAAACGCCAUUAGAUUUGGCAUUAGAAAAUAGACGUUUGGAUUGUGUUGAAUUAAUUCACAAUGAAAUAGAACUUCGAAAACAACUUCGAAAAGAAGUUGAAAAAAAACUGCUUGAUGCGUGUUUUGAUGGAGAUGUGCAAAAAGCUGAAGAAUGUUUGAAAGAAUUAGGUGUGCAUGCUAAAGCUGUGUUAAAUUCUUCGCCUGGCGGUAGUGAUACAUUAAAUUUUUUGUACAGAGCAUGUCGAUCUGGUAAUGAGGAAUUAGUUCGUUUGUUAUUAAGUUAUGGUGCUAUUGCAAAACCACAUAUUCAAACAAAAUAUACUCCCUUAUAUAUCUCAUGUCACAUUGGUAAUUUUGAAAUUACUAAAAUGAUUCUAAAUAGAUUUCCACAUUUGGUGUGUGUACAAACGUUGGAAAAAAUUUUACCUAUUCAUGCCGCUUGUUCUCAAGGUCAUUUACCUAUUGUUAAAUUAUUGUUAACACAUAAUCAAUAUUCCUAUGCUCUCUGCAAUAUUUAUGUUGACCGUUAUCAGCGAUCCUAUUUAUUUCCAUUCAAUCUAAACGCUCAAGAUAUAAAUGAACAAACAUGUUUAUAUUCAGCUAUUCUUAAUCAACACUAUGAGAUAGUUCAAUAUCUAUUACAAUAUCGUGUAAAAGCAUUAACUCAAAAUGAUCUUGAUUUAUUUAAACGUCGUUCACCUUCAAUGACAAAAUAUUUGAAUAAUAAUCUAGAUAUAACUAGUCGUCGAAAUAGUGUUGAUCUGAUAUCAAGUCAAAUGUUUGAUGAAAAACAAACAGAAAUAAGAGGACAUAGAUUACGUUCUGUUACUGAUUCAACAUCUGAAUUAUGUUUAACUUUAAAUUUACAAUCAACUAAUUCACGUUCAGAUGAUACUCUAUAUUUAAAUAUAAUUAAAGAUGAUAAUAAUAAUAAUAAUAGUAGCAGUACUACAACAUUAUUUUGUCCAUUUAAUUUAGAUAUCUAUUCAAUUAAUGGACGAACUGCUUUACAUGAAGCUGUAUUACAACAAAAUCUUGAUAUUAUUCAUUUAUUAGUAUCUAGUGGUGCAAAUGUUAAUUUAAUGUGUGAAGAAGUUUUUAAUAAUCCAACGAUAAAUAGUAACAUUGAUCAUGAUAAUCAACACUGUUUUGUCACACGAUCAACACCAUUAUCGUGCGCUUGUCGACUAGGAAAUGUUAAAAUAAUCGAUUAUUUACUAACAUCAUUAGCCAAUGAUAAAGAAUAUUUAGCCUAUAACGUUUGUUCUACAAAUGAACGUUAUGAUCUCAUUGGACAUUUACUAAAAUAUCGUUCACUACAAGAUAAUGAAUAUAAAUUAAAUCGAAAAACUCUUACAAUGGCAGGCAAUGAUUUAUUUGAUGAAAAAUUUUGGUCUGAUAUUGAUUUGUCGUUAAUAUGGGUCGGUGAAAAGGAUAGUACUCAGCGUGAUGAUAACAAUAACGAUGUGAAAGAAAUAAACAAAUUUGAAAAUAAUAAUGAUACAGAAUCGUCAAAAUCAAUUGAUGGAAACCAGAAAACUGAAUCAUUUGAUCGCAUAAUUAGACGACGUGCAAGUAAACGUUAUCCACUUUUCACAAGCGGCUUAGAACAUCUUAGAAGUCGUCUAUCAUUAUCUCGUGUUUCUCGAAUAUCGACAACUGAAAAUUCCUUAAAAUCAAUAACAGAUGAGUUUGUUUUUCGAUGUAUUCCAGUUCUUAUCAAUUGGCAUAAAUAUGGUCCAUUAAAAACGUUAAAUCCAUUAUGGUUUCUACAAGCUGUUUGCUUUGUUAAUAAAUCCAUCAUAACAAAACCGGAUGAUAUUACAGUAUCAAAUCGUCAUCUAUUAUUGCACUGUAUAACACGAAUUGAUUUAUCAGAGAAUAUGCUUGAUUCUGUACCACCGUAUUUAUUUCAAUUACAAUCAUUGAAAAUAUUAAAUUUAUCUAAUAAUUUAUUAAGUGAAUUACCAAAUGAAUCUGCAUCUACUACAAGUCAAAUAUGGGCAUGUCAUCAAUUAAUUGAAUUGGAUUUAUCCUACAAUUCACUAAGAUUUUUACCAUCGUCAGUAUUUUAUUUGAAAGCACUACAACGUUUAUACAUAGCUCACAAUCAGUUACAAUUUUUACCAGCAGAUAUGUGGAAUGCGUUAACAUUAACCGAUUUAAAUGUGAGUGGUAACGCUUUAAAGUCAUUGCCCAUGCCUAAUGAGACACGUUACACUUCGUCGCGUCACACACUCAAUCAAACACGUUCAUCAAGUGAAUAUCGUCCACUGGCACCGAUAAAUCUCAGUGUAUCUCCAAUAACAGCUGUGAAUAAUGAUCAACAACAGCCGACGUUACCAAAACAGAUUUCUUCCUCAAUUACGACGGCGAACCUUACUCUUGCUUCAUCCACUCUAACUCCGCCCCGAUCCAGUACUUCUACUCAACUUUCAUCGUCGACAUCCCCAGAUACAUUAAUUGUUGAAUCAUCACCCAGAUUAUCUCCUGAUGAUGAAUUAGGUCGAUCACCAAGAUCUAAUUUAAUUUCAACUGCAUCACCAGUUUUACAAUCAUUAACCGUAGAUGAUCUAAGACCAGUAAGACGUCUGUGUCAUUGGCAAAGUUAUAUAACAGUAAUGAAUAUUGAACAAGAGAAAGAUAAUCAAACAAUGUCAUCAUCAUCAACUAACCGCUAUUCAAAUCUAACAAACUUAAAUUUGUCUCACAAUCGUUUUGAAACAAUACCAACAAUGCUUUGUUGUUUAACACCAAAACUGAUAUCUUUAAAUCUCUCUCACAAUCAUAUUAUUGAUUCAGAUUGCAUAUCGUACUAUCCACCUAGACUAAAAACAUUAGAUUUAUCAUUCAACAAAUUGAAAUAUGAUUUAACUUUAAAAACGGUUAGUAACAACACGACUGUCACUGACUCAUCAAUGGUAUUUCGACGAGAUAAGUCAUCAUCAAGAUUUUUAAGAAAAACUCGGCAUAAUUCAAAUAGAUCAACGGAAAAUGACAUCAGCAACACGACAACAGGAAAUCAACCACUAUGUUAUCGUCCAGAACAAAAAGAUCAAUCGGAAGCAGCAAAAAGACGUCGCAGUCGUUCUGUAUCACGACACAAAGCAUUAACAUCCACAACACUAGCAGUAGCAACAUCGCCGACUAAUAACUUAGUGAAUGUUGAUACUAGCCAAUUAUGUAUUCAUCGUCGUCACACCCAAUUACAAUACUUAAAUGAUUUGAACUUGGGCGAUAAUGAAAUUCGUGAAUUACAUUUAUUAUCAGAUAACAAAUUAUCACUGAGUCGAAAUGAUAUUUCAUUACUACGAUCAAGUUUACUCUAUCCACAUGUAUCACGUUUAAAUUUAAGUAAUAAUCAUUUAACAACUAUACCCAAUUAUAUUUAUUUACUCGAAAAUCUUGGCACAUUAAUAUUACGUGAUAAUAAAUUUUUAACCGAGAUUCCAGUGUCAAUUGGUUCAAUGCCGUUACUAUGGAAUUUAGAAUUACGGAACGUUGGUAUUCGUAGAUAA